AUUAUUACGUAGAUCUGUUCUACAUUAUGUUAGAAGUAGCUCAUCAUUUAUGUUUUGUACUUUUAAACCAAGUGACAAUAUUUUAAAUACAACCAAGUGACAAUAUUUUAAAUACAACCAAGUGAAAUAUCUAUGAGAUUUAUUACAAAUAAGGAGAAAUAAUGAGAGACAAGAAUCAAAUGCCCGGAUAUAUGGUGGUUUGGUUUUACCUAACUGCGAUCAUUUGCACAAUUGAUGCUAGUUUUAUUGUAUUCAGACCGCGUACAUUACCAGGCGGAAAUCUUAGUACAUUCUUCAAAUUAUAUCAGUAUUAUAUUUACACAGACCAGAGGUACAAUGAUAUUGGAGAUUCCUAUGUUUUUACACAAAGUUUAAUGAAUUAUGUCGAGGUUGUCCUGAACAUCGUCACAUUGAUAUUUCAUUACAGAAAGAUGAAUGCAACAAAGCUGCUAGCGUUUACAGUAUCCGUGAUGACAUUCUGGAAAACAGUUCUCUACAUUUUAAUGUUUUAUGAACUGGCCGGUGGUAAAGACUACAGAGUUGGGAAUUCGCUGAUUGAAGAAAUAUUUAUUGUUCUUAUUCCAAAUGGAGUAUGGAUAGUUCUACCAUUUAUAUGCAUGGUGGAUUUAUGGAAAACCUUUCUACCUAAAUCCGGGAAUUCCGGGAAAAGUAAACAAAGAUAGAUAAAAGCUACAUGUAGAAACAGUAAAACAAAAUCAUCAUCAGUAAAAAUAAAGAUAAAACACUUAACAUUUUUCUUGCUUGUAACAGUUUUAAAAUAUACAAGAUGAUAUUAAAAUUAAUGAGUAUAGACUCAAUAUUGGAUUUAUUGAACUAAUUGAAUAAAUUUUAGUAUGACAAUAAAUAAUAUAAUAUUUCCCAUACAUAAAAUAAGAACAGUUUCGGUAAAAUAUUUAAAGAAAGUACCCCUCCCUCCCAUACAGUUCUUACAGAGUCAACAAAGCGGCAUGGAAAUAUGAUAAAAUGGUCUAUUUUUAUUUCUGUUAUAUUUACCAGUGUAAAAUUGAAGGGAAACAAAUCUGUUAUAUUUUGGGUAACAAUUCUUCAAGCAGUUAUUUCCCUUAUUCAAAUGUUAGUCUAUUUAUUUCUAUUAAAUAUGGUAAAUAAACCUUAGUUUGUGGUAAUUGUUAAUCCCAUAACCAUAACCCUAAACUUUAUUGUUUUCUUCGUAUUUUUUAGUGUUAAUACGCGCUUUUCUACAGAAAUUAUAAACUUCGACGGGAGCAAUAGCGACAUGAGAAUGCUUCUUAUUUCUGUAGAUCGGCUAUGGAUGCAUACUAACAUACUUAGUGACAAGCUUUAUUUGGCGUCAUUAAUAUUCACUUUAUUACGUCACUACCAGUCGGCGAGAUUAAACAAUUACAUGUUUGAUGGGAAUAAAUUUAAUUUUCCUUAUAACUGCAUGAUUUACGUCACUUUGGACCUGAAGUCACAUAUACCCUUGUGUGCGACUAAUGCGAGUUUUCAUUGCUUGAUAUUGAAGCAUUAUUUUUGGAAAACAUUUUUAGAUCGACUUCGUUUUUGAAAAAUAAAUAGAGGUAUUGUUACUGUCAUGCCGGCGUUAGCGUAACCGUUGCCGUCUUGAUCGUAUUAGUGAAACUGUUUUCAUCCUUUAGGUUAAGCAGUCAUAAUUUAGCUAUAGAAACCGACCGUUAUCAAGGUAAAAAUAGACAGGAAAUUACAACAUGUAAGUGGUGCUAAUAAUCGGCACAUAUUAUUUCUAAUGGAUGCAAUUUGUUGUUUUAUUUUCUUUUCCGCCUUUAUUUGAAAACAGAGAGUAUCGAUCCUGGUGUGAAAGACUGCCGCCAGGUUUAUUUAAUAUAUAUAACUACGUUUAUAUCAUUUACUUUAAUUAUGACUUGAAUCGUACAUGGUGCAACUGAAAACUUGCAUCAGCUUACAUAUGCUGUUUGUUUUAAAACAUUAUUCUAAAAUACAUUGAUUUGUUAUGAACUAACGGGAAUCACUUGUACGGUAAUAAUGCAGAUUGUAUCAAUCAUAAGAUUAAGAUUAUAAUUAUUAUUUGUUAUAUCUUAUAUUGCUGACGUUAUGACAUGUAUUAUGGUGAUCAUAAUUAGAUAAUUGUAUCUUGUUACUGAUAUCUUAAGCUUUCUAAUGAGUGCACACAUAUUGAUAUCUGUCACAAUACUAUUGUUGACUAGUGAGCCAUUGAAUAUGAUGUGAUAUUCACCGGCAGAUGACAUAUUGACCGAGGCGAUAGCAACCUUAUAUACAUUUACAAAUUUUGCCUCGUUGAAGCGCGGGAAAAAGACGCACGUGUUGGCGUGAAACGUGCAACGACUACUCGAACGCGGCGCAUACAAUUUAUUCUCAUCAUUGCGCUGUAGCCUUGAAGUAUAAUGCCAUAAAG